CUCAAACAAACUUAAACUCACUACUACUUCUUGAGCCUUUUCACCUCCACAAACAAAUGGCUCCAAGAACCUCCCUUGCACUUUUCCUUUCCCUCAACCUCCUCUUCUUCACUCUCACCUCUGCGACCACCCCAAGCACAGGGUCUUGUCCUAAAGAUUCUCUACAGCUCGGUGUUUGCGCCAAUGUGCUCAAGCUAGUUGACUUAACAUUGGGAAACCCACCUGUAAAGCCAUGCUGCUCUCUUAUCCAAGGCUUGGCUGACCUUGAGGCUGCAGCCUGCCUCUGCACUUUGCUCAAGGUUAACAUUCUUGGAAUCAACCUUAACCUUCCCAUCAAUCUCAGCGUACUCCUCAAUGUUUGCGGUAGAAAAGCUCCAACGAACUUCCAGUGCGCCUAAGUUGAAUACUUAUAUGAAGUCUUGUAACCUACAUUCUUAAAUUCUUGU